AUGUUCGUCAACGCAUCUGAAUCUUUGCAUCUUGCGGCUCGAUACCCACGUGCGACUACGGCUUUCCCGCUUUCGUCUCGGGAAUCAGUCGAACCAUCAUCGUCGGUUGUUUCUGGUCGUCGGUUGCUUCUCCUCGCCGGCCGCCCCAUCCCAUCAGCCAUGAGUGCUGCAGAUGAUGGCGAUGUCGGCCGGGUUGCCAACGCCAGCAAGCCGCUCAAAUUCAAGGGCCGAUUCCUCGACCAGCUCGCCACCAACUCCCGGGUCCAGAUCAUCUGGAAGGACGACGACGACAUCGUCAUGCUGGCGUUCCUCGCGCGGCGCCGCAUCACAGAGAAGAACGAGGUGGACGACCUGGAGGAGGACGAGCUGGCGGAACUCGCGGCGAGCCUCGGAUACAAGCAGGGUGCGGCGCGAGGAUCGAAGAAACAUUGGGCAGCCGUUAGGCGACGGAUCAAGACGAGCCUGGCGUACAAGCUGGGGAAGCUCAAGCAGGGCCAAGGGUACUUGCGGUCGGGGCUGAGCGCGGACAAGACGUUGGAGGUGUGGGAAUGGCCAGGCGAUUAUCGGAAUCUGUGUCUGAAGGAGGAGGAGAUGUUGUUGGAGCGGCGACGAGAGGAAGAUGGCGCAGAGGAGCAGGACGAGGAGCAGCGUGGGCGGGAUGUCGAUGGGCAGCAAGAGCAGCCCGCACAGGCACAGAGCCCAGCUCGAGCAUCGGUGGUGGCGGUGUCUGAGGAGGGCGGCAUUCGACGCGACGGCGAUGAACCGGGCGCGUCGCCUGCCGGCAGUGCGACAAGCAGCAGCAGCAGCAGCAGCGACAGCGACGAAGACGAGAGCAGCGAAGGAAGCGAUAGUGACGGCGCGGGUGUCGACGGCAACGACGGUGACGGCCACAGGUCAGCGGCGGCAGAGGUGUUGAGGCUGCGGCAUGGGUUGAUCGAGCGCGCGGCGCGACGGAGACUCGAGCACCACGGCAUCGGCGGCAGAGACGGAAGACGGGAGGGAAGAGACGCGCAUCUCUGGGGGCUUCUGGCCACUGCAAUGGACAGGCUCAAGAUGAAUGAACCCCUGCGGAUGGAAGGGUUAGCGAUGAUGUUGAUUAGACGGGCGGAGAGGGUAUACCGGUAG